GACACGAACCAGAUUUCCGUCAAGCCCCAGCAGCGCUCUUGUUCCAUGCUGUUCUUUUAGUGGACACUCCCCCAUCUUGGCUCACACACCCUCCAUGUAAAGAGAGUCUGCAGUCCUGCUACACACUGUUGAAACCGGACAACUCAGCUGUCAAGGCAGAAAGGUCAACUGUGAGAGAAACUCAGAAGAGAGUCCCAGUAACAGAAUAUCCUACACUCCUUCAUUAUCGACAUGGGGGCUGUUAUCUCAUGGUGGAAGGCUAAACCAUCCACUGUGGAGAUUUUGGAAGGAAUCGAUAAGGAUAUACAGAUUCUUGAAGAGUACAGUGAGAAGUAUCAAAGGCAGCUGAAGAUAUGGGUUGGGCGACUACUUCUAUACUCGUCUCUUCUCUACCUGAUCACAUGUAUAGUUGUGUAUUUCUGGUACCUGCCCGAACAGUUGAUGGGACGGCUCAUAUUGUCUCUUCCCUUCCUAAUAUUUCCAUUACUAGUUUGGAUACUUCGCAAAAUGCUUAUAAUAAUUUUUUCACGAAGAACUGAAAAAAAUAAUGACAAAUUAGAGGAUCUUAAAGCACAAAAAAGAAAAAUACUUGAAGAAGUUAUGGAAACUGAGACAUAUAAAAAUGCUAAAAUGAUUCUGGAGAGAUUCGAUCCUGAUUCCAACAAAAAAAUUGAGCUUGAAAGCUCUCCAGUUGGACCCCAGAUGACUCCAAAACCAGGACAAGAGCUUCGUCAGCGCAAUGUCAUCCCAAAGACCCCCACAGUGGUGGUGAAUCCUGCAAGCGGAGCCGCUGCCCGCCCUCCUCUUGCCUCUGGGCCCACCUAUCCUGGACGAUCUUCCCACUCUGCUCCAGGUGGACCCCCAGAGAGGACCCUGUCGGCUAUAGCUGCUCAGCAGAGCUUGAUGAGGAAACCUGUGACCCCUGGAACACCUGUUUCAGGAAUCGGGAUGCACCCCCCAGGCCCGCCCCUAGCCAGACCUGUGCUCCCAAGGGAAAGAGGCGCUAUGGACAGAUUCAUUGAGUAUCUUGUUGGAGAUGGCCCUCAGAAUAGAUGUGCUCUCAUAUGUCAACAGUGUCUGUCCCAUAACGGCAUGGCAUUAAAAGAGGAAUUUGAAUACGUUGCCUUCCGAUGUGCAUAUUGUUAUUUCUUGAACCCUGCAAGAAAGAUCAGGCCUCAGGCACCCAGACUCCCAGAGGUCACUGGCGAACUGAAGAUGUUUUCUGAGGCACCCUUACCAUCGCCUGCUGCUGACGUAGAUGAUGACCAGUCUGUUUUAGAGAAAACCAAGCUUGCUGAUUUCUCCGCUGAAACAGACACCCAAAAGCCAGGCACACCAAUGACCACAGAGCCCAGUCCUUUGUCAGACAGCGAAAGCACCCCACAGUCACAAGAUUUGCCCCCGGAUAAAUCUGAUGGAGAGCAAGAUGUGUCUGCCAUGGAGGUGGAAUAAAACAGUGGAGUAGUGAUUUGAACACAAGUCAGGGUGGAGGUCUUUUUUUUUUUUUUUUUUUUUUUUUUGCCGUAAGUUGGAGAAACAAAGUAAGUUAAGUCCGCAUCUGAUGUGAUUUUCAGCUUAUCGUACAGAAUGUCCUUUCUUUUGAGAAUAGCUUUUAUAGUUCUAGCAAUAGUAAUGAAUUAAAUGUUAAAUUGCAUAGCACUAGCACAACCGCCAAACAAACCACCUUCCCAGUAUGAUUACAUAGCCUGGACAUUUUUUAUAACAUUGUAUUGAGAGCAUUAUGGGUUUGAUUUUUAUCGUUUAAAUUUAGUUUUUUGUUUUUUAUGUUGUAUAGUUAUAUAUAUAUAUAGUAGUUGUCUUUAUUUUCUAUGUUUUCAACUCAAUUUCUAACAUUAUUCUGUCUGGGAUAAUUGGAAAAUGCACAAACAAAACAAAUAUUUUGGGGGAAAAUAAAUUUUUAUUUAUGGGAAAUUAUUUAUAAAUAUUUUUCUAUAAUGCCGUGCCUUUCAUGAGUGUUGAAUAGGGUACUCUGCAGCACGGUGGUGCUAACAUGUUUACACAAUCAUGGUACCAUGAUAGGAAUACACAUAGUCUGUAUUUAUUAAUGAAAAGGAGAUUUGUCAGUACUGUGCACCUGCCGUAAGUGCCUCUUAUAUUUUGUCUCUGCUUCAGAGCAUAUGUCAAUGAAACUUAUUUACAUAUAGACAAAGUAUUUUGACUGUUUACAGACGGUAUGUAUUUGCUGAAUGUCUGAACCCUGUUCUAUAUAAAUAAUACUAAAUAAACUUUUGAGAACUA